CACUGAAGUAAAUACAUCUUUUACGACGUCGACGAAAAAGCAAGUUGGAUAGCUCGUGUGUACUGUUGGAAGCUAGUUUUCCGUAGUUUUCGUGUAACGAUAGACUUGAGUGCGAACAAAAACGCAAAACAAAAUGUCUCUGUUUGGUAUGAUGAACGAUUUGGAGGAAGAUCCUAUUUUUGGCCAUCAUAUGCGCUCGAUGCGCCAGAUGAGUAGCAUGUUGAACUCACUGUUUUCCGAUCCUUUCGGAAUGAUGGGCGGCGGUGGGAUGGAAGCCAUUACCGCUGGUCCAGCAUUCGGUAUGCGACACAACGCGAUGAUGCCGUUCAUGCCACCAACCAUGAACCGGCUGUUGAAUGUUGGCGGUCCGGCCGAUGGCGCUUCCUUCUGCAGCAGCAGCGUUAUCUCCAUGACAUCCGGACCGAAUGGGCCGCAGGUAUAUCAAGCAACGUCAAGCACACGCACCGGGCCGGGUGGCAUAAAGGAGACACGCAAAACCGUGCAAGAUAGCCGCACCGGAACGAAGAAGAUGGCAAUCGGGCAUCACAUCGGCGAUCGGGCGCACAUUAUUGAGCGAGAGCAGAACAUCUCCACGGGUCUGCAGGAAGAGCGCCAGGACUUUAUCAAUCUGGAUGACGAAGAGGCGGAAGAUUUCGAUCGCGAGUUCCAGACGAAGGCACGCACCGUGAUGCACAUGCCGGGUGGACGUCGUUCGGAACAGCUUGCUCUGCCAUCGACUCAACCAACUCCAUCACAGCGCAUACUGUCGAUUACCGAGGUACCGGAAAAUGGUUGCGAAUCGUGCGGUAAUCCCAGCGAUACACCAAUCUGUACUGCCUGCACCAAUAGCCAGGACCGAAGCAACCAGGACAAUCUCGAACAACAUCAGCAACAGCAACAGCAGCUGCAGCAGCAGCAACAACAGCAGCAAAUGGUGACAAAAGCGGCACGGAACAAUCGACACAGCGGCCAGUAUGUUCUUAACGGUGGCCCAAUCACAUCGCGACGAUCGAUCCGAUCGCCGGCUUCGUCACCGCUGAGCAUGUCAGCAUCACCGGUCAGUGGUGCGAAUCAUCACAUUACUACAAGCGUGCAUCCCCAUCCAUACAAUACGUCUGGCAGGAAAUCUCGACCACUGAAGGGUCCCUCAUCCCACACGCACCAGUACCAGUAAUCCCGCCCAACCCGUGGUUCAUUCCCUGUUUCAGCAGAGCGAUUCGAGCGGUUUCGGGGUUGACGGAAUAGUUUCCGGGGGGUUUAAACGUUCACGAGGGGUGCGCAAAUAAUGUAGCGUGUGGUUGGUGUAUCAGGCGGACGUCAGUACGUCCUUUUAUUAUUUUGUUUUUCAUUAAAAGAAAACCCUUGUUGAAGAAAGGCAAGAGCAUGACGCGAUGCAGAGGUAGUUUGAACUUUUGCCAACCGUUCAGUAAAGAGGGAUUAAAUAAAAAUACACAACAAAUAUUCAAAUAAUACAUAAAUAUAGCCACCCGUUUUAGAAGUACUACUAGUUUCUAAGUUCCGGUCGUCUGGUUCAGUUACAACCUUUGAGUAUGCUGUAACAUGCCUUAUUUAUUCACCAAACCGAAGUUGCUAGGAGAUGAUUUAUACGAAUUGAGUUGCUUAAAAUGCUGCACACAGAAGCCUCCCCACUCUCAUCAUUUUGUCCUGCUAUCAACAAAUAGAGCAAACCACAAUAUAACGUGUUUAAAUGAUAAGGAAAAAUGCCAACGACAACAAACAAAGAAUAGAAAGCAUACAGUGGCACUGUAGUGUGUCACACGCGGGUACGAUGAAGGAGGUUUAGAGUUGGAAAUUUUUUGUUUAUAAUUGUUCACCCUUUUCAUGUCUAGGGAAUAUUUUGGUUUACCUUGUUUAAGUCAAUCAAAGAGUUGCGAGUUGCGAGAUUCAACACACGCAUUCAGCGUAGAAGAAGUGGCAAGUUGGUUUGUGGAACGAUGAAGGGAGCGUUCCCAUCACAUACCGGUGUGAUGACGACGUUUUGCCCCGUAUCAUUCCUCCCAUCUUGAAGUAGUGUGUAAGAGAAAAAAAAUAUUACUGUGCUUAAAAUAUGUGUAGCAGGAUGAGUAUUUAGGGCGGCAAGAUUUGUAACGUUAAGCAAGAACAAACACUUUCUGGUCCAUUCUUCAAACAAACGGAAGGAAAAACACAAUACAUUACCACGCUGACACUAUUUCACGGACCAGUUCGUUAUCUUGCUUCGUUCGGUUCCCAUCUCGGCUCGGGGUCACCUCUGCUAUUAGCGCUCUGCAGGCCGUUUGGCUGCUCAAGAUGGGACGUUUAUGAGGAUUUAAGAAAGUAUAAUACUGAACAAAUACAAACAGAAAAAAAAACACUACUUUGAAAAAUAAAUAUUUGCCAACAAUGUGUAAU